AAAAUUGUUAAAGUGGUCUUAGUCUUAAAUUUUAAUGGAAGAAGGAAUUGGGCAAAAUAGCAGCCUUACUGGUAUUGACUAUGAAAAUUCUCAUAUUGUUAGUUCUCCCAAACUCAUAGACAAAGAGGAAGUUGAAAAAACAAGUUUAAUUUCUUUUCAGAGUAAAGAAGAAAAUUUUGAAUAUGAGAAGGAUUUGAAUGAAGAAGAAUUAAAAGAUGAUAAUUCUCUUGCCAUUGCAGAAAACCUUAACACUGACAACUCUGUUUUAGAGGAGAAAACUACUGAAGCUGACUCACUAUCCGGCUUUAUUGAUGUUAUUCCCGAUGAGGAUCCGGAUUGGAUUAUUACCGAAGAGGACAAUCUAGUUCAUAAUAAACGUUAUUACGUCCAAGAUGAAGGUAAGACGUGUUUUAUAUGUCUAGAAAAGGGCCAUCUUGGAAUCAAUUGCCCCAACCCUGAGAAAGCAAUUUGUGUCCGUUGCGGAUUUUCUGGUCACCGGCACGGUAAAUGCAUAGAAGAAACGUGCAGUCUGUGCUUUACCCCCGGUCAUGGAAAUAUGAACUGUCCCAAUAAGCAUUUAUUUCGAAGAGAUCUUCGGUGCGACCGAUGCUCGACUUAUGGGCACGUGGCUAAGUUAUGCCCUGAUAUCUGGAGGCAGUUCCAUAGCACCAUCCAGUCUGGCGCACUUGUCGAGGGCAUGGAGAUCAACAGCAACCCCUGGUGUUACAUCUGCUCUCGCUUUGGGCAUUUCGGCCAUCAAUGCGACUCUUCCAGUCGUCUGGUGGAGGUCUCAUUUCCUUUUAUCGGCGCUUAUUGCCCCUCCGGUGACUGGGAGGUUGCCCGAAGCGGUGUUUAUCAAAUUAACAAAAAGAUUAUACAUCCUACCGAGUUUAAAUUAGACAAGCCCAUUCGUCCACUUGGCAGACGCGGACAGAGUCCCCAUUUUAAUGAUUUUCGGCACAGUAGAGAUAGAAUUAAGAACAGAAUAAGGGAAAGAGAUAGAGAACGUUUUAGAAAUAGAGAAAGGGAGCGGGAACGCGCAGUUUUUCGCCCGCGAGAUCGAGUUCGAGAACGUCUUCGGAGGGGCGAACCGUCAUUAAGGGCCAGAAGCCGACGUAACAGUGGUCGCUUUUCCGUCUUUGCUCCCCCGCGUAGAGAAGCACCCGCACCGAGGCGGCAUCGCUCUCCCGUCCGGACGCGUGCCCCGCUUCCGCCGCAAUUCUCGUCGAAAUUUGUUCCCCGUGGGGACUAUGGACCCCCUUAUGCACCACGUUCGAAGAUGGAGUUCAAGCUACGACCUCCUCAUCCCACCUCCGCUGCUCCUUUUGGCGGUAUAAAGAAGAGAAGACGCGCUUCUGAAGGUUAUGACCCCAAAAAGCGCCGAAUUGGGGUGUUUAAAGGGAGUACGUCCAGAGUUCGACCAGAAUUUUCUGUUCCUAGCCCUCGGUUCCAGUACCCUCAGCCUCCUCCAACCUCGGAAAGAAGUACUAAUAAAGCCAGUAAUAAUCGCUUAUAUGUCCCUACGGGAACUGAUGCUGGGAGCUUCUCUAGUAACAUAAACCAGAUGAGUAAUGCCAGCGAAGACAGUAUUAUUUAUGGCGGUGAUGCAAUUUCGUACAGAACGACGUCAAAUCAACAUAAGAAAGCGACUACUGAAAAUUUUUCCGCCCAUACUGCGAAGCCUGGAGGUGCUCAAUAUUCUCAUGGUGGGGCUUAUUCGACUUCUUUUACCAAGCCUAUUACUCAAACCAACCUUUCCGCUCGACCUCGUGCAUCUUCGUAUGUACCCCCUAAAGGAUUCUGCGCUCCUCCUGCAGCUGGUUAUCCACGGGUUUCUAGUAACGUAUACGUCCCUUUUCGUACCAACACGCCUGCAUGCAAACCUAACGAAGACGUUUCUACUCGUCCGCGCGGACCAUAUUAUGAUAACGCUUAUCAAUCUAUUAGCCCUUUGGGUGCUGGUCCUUCUCAAAACCGUGGGCCUAACAUUUCUUCCAUAUAUGUGCCGCCUAAUAAUCUUUCGGUGGGCGGUAGUGGCGGUAGUUAUGGUGGUGGUAACUACUACGGGGGCACUCUAAGCAAUGUAGCCUCUGGUGCUUAUGGGCAGGACGCUGGCAGUAAUCUAAACACCUCUAUUACAAAUAGCACUUUUAACUAUAGUUAUCGACCUGGACCGCCAACUACCUUUGCAAACGGUACCAUUAGUAAUAUAUAUACUAAUACUAACUCAACUAGUUUUGCAGCCAAGUCUAUUGGAAUUUCUGGGAAUCCACUUUCUGUGCCUUAUAACACCCCGAAUACCACUUUUAGUGGUGGGGUAAAUUAUAACACCUCCUAUAACACAACCAAUAACACUUACCAGCAGCCUCCACGGGGUAAUCUUCAAGUAGGGACAUACCCUAGAUAGUAAAUUUACAUUUUAUACUUGUUUUCCUUUUCUUCUAAUAUAAGUAAUAUAUUCU